CUGAUGACGACGACGACGGCGACACUCAGCUCGCUCUUAUUACAACAACUCAGGACGAAUUCAUUACUACGCUUAGAAACUCUUUGACGGUGGAUAUCGUCGACAUUGAGAUCUCGAGAGACUUUGUUACGAUCGAGGAGCGACGAAGACAGGCCAGCAGAUGCUCGAGUCCUCCAGCGGGUCCAGCGCCUCCAGCCAAUGGUCUCGUCCCGUCCUCGUCCUCUCAAUCGUCUUCGGUCUCUCAGGCGUCAAACGCAGUUGACCAUGCAUUCGGGUUUUUCUCGCGGGCUGUUGGUGAGGUCGAAUCUCGCCGUUCGGAAUGCCAGGUACUGACAAUCUUGUCGUGCAUGUCCACUCAUUGAUCAUAGCGACGCUUUUUCCUUCAACGGAUCGUACUAUUCCGGCUGUCAACAAUCCGAAUAAUGCCAGUAGGCACAAUACCGCUCUCCAGAUGUGUUCAGCUCCGUCGUCGUCCGGUCCCUUUCCCGUCAACGCGGCUACCACGUCGCCUAUAUAUACGGAUCAUACGUGUGCCCACUGCAGUCAGUCUGCAGUAGAGAUCAUUCUACUAAAACGGGCAGAACGCAACUUGCAGGACCGGUUGAAGUCGAUGGAAGCGGAUCUGACGAGGCACAAGAAGCAGAUGGAACAGGAUGAGGAGAAGAUCAAGAAACUGGAAAAGGAGGCUGUGACGAACAGGACGGAAAGAGGGAAGCAAGAGAAACGGAACAAAGACCUGGAAAAGACCGCUGCAACCCACAAAACGGAGAGAGAAGAGCAGGUGAGACAAAUUCAAAAACUGCAAAAGGAGGCUACGGCGUACCGAACGGAAAGGGAGGAACAGGCGAAACGAAUUCAGGGCUUGGAGAGCGAGGCGGCGGCCUACAAGGCGGAAAAGGAGAGCCAGAUCGCAUUACUUCAGGCUAAGAUCGAUCUCGCCGACCGAGACAAGACAAUUGCCCUCCAGCAGCUCAGGCUCGAACUCUCCAGACCCGCUCAGGACUCCACUCGACCCGAGUCGACGACCUCUGCCUCAGCCUCGCCGUCGUGGACCACUUCAGCCUGUGACCUCACGUCGGCAGCUCAGCCAUCACCCCAUCAAAAUGGUCCUCGACAGCUGCCGCACCGAUAUGGACCGCGACCCCAACCUUACCGCUCAGGACCUCGAUCGCAUCCGCAUCGUUUCGGACCGGUCAAGGCAAAAGAAACCGUCCUCGCGAACAAGGACAACGCUCACAAGCUCGAACUUGCUGCAAAGGAGAAGGACAUCACGGCCAAGAACCAAGAAAUCACGGCAAAAGAAACCGCCCUCGCGAACAAGGACAAAGCUCACAAGCUCGAGCUCGAGAGUAUGAACAACGCGCUCGAGAGUAUGAAAAACGCCAACAAAGUUGAACUGCUCGAGCUUCGUCUGGAACUGUCGACCAAGGACAAGAGGAUAUCCGUACAUGAUCUACAACUACGGCUCCGGGACAAUCACAUUCAGAUGCUGAAGACCGAGUUGGCGAAAGCUCACGUCGAUCGUCCCCUUCCGGCUCCCGUUCCCGCUCCCCCUCCGGCCGCCCCUGCCGCCCCUGCCCCUGCGAGUAUCGACGAAUCCAUUGCCCAGGACUACGCUCAGGAUUACGAGGACUAUGUUCACGGGGCCGUACAGGUUCAACACCUCGCAGAUGUUGCGCAAGACGAGCCCUCGGAUCUGCCCAGGCCCGAGGAACUGAUCUCUCGCUUGCUCGACGCCGCGCAGGCGAGAAGCCUCCAUGGAUCGACCCCAGCGACCGAUCGAUUCUUCUUUGAAACCCUGGCCGCAUGCAUCAAGGACCGAGAUUUGAUUGGUUCGUGUCGGCGGGCAGGCAGGACGCGCCCGCUUCUCGGCAGCGCAAAACAAUACACUCGACUAGGAUCCAACACGGUCGAUGCGAUUUUAGGAAUAGGCGUUCGCACGCUCGAGGAUUGGCAACCCGCUGGCGAUGGAGCCGUCCCGGCGUUCGUUCGUCUCGCCCGGCUGGUCAUUUCGGCAGAGAAUGAGAUUGAACGACAGAAGCGAGAGAUGGAAGAGGAGCAACGGCGAGCAGAAGCGGAACAAGAGGAGGAAGAGGAGGAGGAGGAGGAAAUGAUCGAGUAGGACAACGACCGCAGAACGACGUAUGACGACACCCGUAACGAGCCAUGAUAAGG